UAGGCAUUGCCAUGGUGUUGUCAUAUAAAUAGUAGCAUAUGCAAAGUUUUGGCUUGUUUUUCUUCAGUGCGGAAAGAACGAGAACAGUACUGUUUACAUGUUGGGUGCAGCUUGAGUGUCCACCUAUGUUUUGGUCCUGGCCGGGUAUGACCACAGGCUGAUACCUGGGAAUCAUGACAACCUCACAAACCGUUAUCAAAAACCCAACAUGGUGGCGGCGACGCACUCUGAUGGAAAGGUACUGCACCGUGCUCGCGGCCGCUGCUAUCUUCCUCUGUGGAGUCCUUACUAUCGCACUGUCCGUCCUCUAUGUCAGAGAUACACAACGAGCAGAAUCCAUGCCCAGCGCCCCAGCAGCCCUGGAUGGUUUUGUUACCCCUCAAGGGAAAGAAGCCAACGACAAGGACAUCUGCCUGACACCAGGAUGUGUCUACGCAGCUGCCGAGAUACUGAAGAAUAUGAACCCCGACGUAGACCCAUGCGAUAACUUUUAUGAGCAUGUUUGCGGAAACUUCAUUAAGGACACUAUCAUCCCAGAUGAUAAGUCCUCGUUGACGCUGUUCAGCAAGAUUGACGACACCCUCACUGACCAGCUGAGGAUGGUGAUUGAGGAACCCUCAGCAGAGAACGAGGCCAAGCCCUUCCGCAUGGCCAAGAGUCUCUACAAAGCCUGCAUGAACAAGACUCAGAUCGAAGCAGCAGGACUAGACCACAUCAAGGAGAUAGUCAAGAGGAUGGGAGGCUGGCCGGUGCUGGAGGGUGAUCUCUGGGACGAAGGAUCCUUCACGUGGAAAGAUACUACAUACAAGUUCAAGGAUGAGGGCUUCAGCAUUGAUUACCUGAUUGACUUCUCCAUCACCACAGACUACAAGAACUCCACCAUCAGAGUCAUUGAUUUGGACCAAGCCUCUCUGAGUCUGAGCAGGGAGUACCUGGUUAAGGGGAUGGAGGAGAAGCUUGUGGCAGCCCUCUACAGUUACAUGGUGGACAUCGCAGUCCUCUUCGGUGCCGACCGGACCAGAGCCACCAAGGAACUCAAGGAGUCUCUUGAAUUUGAGAUCAAACUAGCCAAUAUUUCCUUGCCACCUGAAGAGAGACGGGAUGCUAACAAGUUGUACAACCCCAUGACGAUCCCGGAACUCCAGGAGAAGUUCCCAUCAAUCCCCUGGUACGAGUAUUUCUCCACCAUACUGCCCAAGAGUAUCGAGCUGCGCCCGGACGAGGUGGCCAUCGUGGAUGUUCCCUCCUACAUAUCUGGCCUGGAAGUCCUCCUCAGCACCACCCCUAAAAGGAUACAAGCGAACUACCUGCUGUGGAAGGCUGUGGCCUCAGCUGUCUCUUCGCUGACAGAAACUCUGCGGAAGCGACAGCUGGAGUACGGGACAGCUCUGACAGGGAGAACCGAGAGAGAGCCGCGGUGGAAAGAGUGUGUGGGAUUGUCUGCCGGAAGUUUUGAUGGAUUCAGUUUAUCGCUGGCAGUUGGUUCCCUGUACGUGAAACGAUUUUUCAAAGAGGAUGCAAAGAAAAACGCUCUGGAAAUGGUGGACAACAUCAGAGAGGAAAUGUACAAAAUUCUGAAGACUGUUGACUGGAUGGAUGAGGAAACAAGGAAAAAUGCCUUGGAGAAAGCUAAGUCAAUGACAUCCCACAUCGCCUACCCAGACGAAAUUUUGGACGUGAGCAAAUUGGAAGAGUUCUAUGAAAAGCUCGAGCUAACCUCUGAUAACUACCUGGAGGCUAUCCUGAAUGUCACCAAGUUUGGGUUCGAUUACUCAUUCAACCGCCUCAGGAAGCCUGUCAACAAGACAGACUGGAUCACACAUGGCAGACCUGCCAUUGUCAAUGCCUUCUACAGCUCCAUAGAAAACUCCAUUCAGUUCCCAGCUGGCAUCCUGCAAGGAGCGUUCUACUCCCACGACCGGCCCAACUACCUCAACUACGGCUCCAUCGGUUUUGUGAUCGGCCACGAGAUUACGCACGGUUUCGACGACCAGGGCCGACAAUUUGACAAGGAAGGUAACCUAGUGGACUGGUGGGCACCCGAGACCAAACAAGCCUAUCUCAAGAAGGCCUCCUGCAUUAUCCAACAAUACGGCAACUUCACCGCGCAACAAGUGGGCCUCAAUCUGAAUGGAAUCAACACGCAGGGAGAGAAUAUCGCUGACAAUGGUGGUAUCAAACAGGCUUACCGAGCGUACAACCACUGGGUAGCACAGCACGGUACAGAGUCCCGACUGCCCGGACUGCAGAAUCUUACGCCACAGCAGUUGUUCUGGGUGAGCGCGGCCACGACUUGGUGUUCAGUCUAUCGUCCCGAGACUCUGCGCUUGCGUAUUGUCACCGGCCAGCACUCCCCCGGUGAGUUCCGUGUCCGGGGCCCACUCUCCAACCGCCCAGAGUUCGCCCGUGACUUCAAAUGCCCGUCCGGCUCUAACAUGAACCCAACCCAUAAAUGCCAAGUCUGGUAACCGGAGAGAACCUUUUAAGUAUUGCAUUUCUGUAUUUUUCCACUAGUCUAAAUGAAAAAGAUUCCUGAAAAAUGUAUUUUUAAAAGUUCAACAAUAAAAAAUAUAAUUUUAAAGUAUAUUAAUCUUUCAAAGAUUUGAAAAAACUAUAAUGACAAACAUAAAAGACGUCUUAUUUUUUAUUAUUUUAGGAAUCGAACUGAUAAACCAUUCGUCCUUUUUUUAAAUAAAUAUAAUGUACAUAUAAAAGUAACAUAUAAAUAUUUAUUAGUAAACUUAUAAAAGACAAAUAGUUAGUUUUUAAGUUGCAGAUGUAUUAUUUAUACGCACAGAGAAUAACUAUGUUUUUGAAUAGUUAGAUAUUUUAUUGUUUUCAUCACACCCUCCUUUUGUUUUAGUUAAUGAUAUACAAACCCGGUUGAAAUAAAAUGUGUAGUAUUGGUUUAAUGUAUUUUUUAUUGUUAAGUUAUUAUAAUGGUGCUAAAACAUGAUAUUAUUCGAAAUUCUGUUUAACAUAGAAUAUUUAUGUAAGGAAUGUACUGUACAUAGCACAAUCAUGGACAAUAAGAUUUUAAGGAUAAAUAUUAAAUAAGAACAAAUAGUUGUUAAAUGUCCAAUGAUGUUAUUUUGUAUACAAGUUCUUGUUUUCAGUAAACGAUUACACAAUA